ACAGCUGUUUGGGACAGGAGAGCGCAGAGGACAUCGCAGGUCCCCUCCGUCCGGCGCGCGAGCGGCCGGAUCGACGCCCGUGUCCCCGCUGUGCGCUAUGAGCAGAGGCGCUGGGCGAGGCAGAGGCUCGUAUCUCCCCCGCUCCAGGCGUAACCACCCCAGCACUCAUCAAGUGUUUUUUAACCGCCCUCCUACCCCACAAGAAACUAAUCAGGAAACCUUUUUACACCAGCAGUUCCUAACUGAGUGGGACACUGAAGUCUGUUGGCCUCAGGGACAGGGAUCACACAGCGAAUCAGGCAGCGGAGGCGUGCGGGCAGCGGCUCCUGCGGAGAGAUGGGAACCCCGCUGCGGCAGAGCAGGGUGGCAUAGGGUCUCCAGCCAGCGUCCCUGGGUGGAACCACGUCAUUACCCUCCUCAGUACCAUCGUCGGGACAACUCUGACAGAGAUUCUGACACCGUCGGGCUGAAUUUCCAGAGACUGUCUCUUGCUGGGCAAGACCUCGAACAAGAAAUCCUGACUAUUUUCAGGCAGCUGGGGGAGGGGAAGACUUGUACAGUUCAUGAUCUCGCACAUAAGCUUAAAACUCGCAAGAAAGAGGUCAACCGUGUUUUGUACAAACUCUUCCACGAAGGCAAGUUGCACAAAGGUGGAGAAACGCCGCCGCUGUGGAGGAUUGCCAGUGGGAGUGCAGCGAGAGAAAGGAGCCCCCCUGGCCACAGCGGUGGUGGCACAGACCCAGCCUGUGGGAGCACAGAGGGGGAGAGGAGCGCGGUUGAGUCGGGGGACACCGAUCUCAUGAUGGCCGAGACAAAGGACAAAAUCUGCAACUACUUGUUCAGUGUGGAAGAAACGACGGCGCUCAACCUCGCCAAAAACAUUGGGUUUUCGAGGGCCAAGGAUGUUAACGCCUUCCUGAGCGCGCUGGAGAAGCUGGGGGAUGUCCACAAGCAGAACACGAGCCCCCCGCGAUGGUCCCUGACCGGCAGGAAACGCGAACGGAUGCAGAUGAGGCUGAAGGCCAAUGCGGUGACGCAGGUGGCGGAUCCCACACCUCAGACAGGUUUUCCACCUUCCUCUGUUCCUCCGUGUCCUCAGGAGGCGACUGCAGCUUCGCCAGCAGCGACGGCCUCGGAAGAAGGAAGUAUGGAAAAUGGACAGCAGCCUCUGGGGCAGACUGACCAGAGCGAGGGCAGCGAGGGGGAAGCGGCUCUGCCUGGCGACACUAAGCCCCAGUUCUCCAGUUUGAGUAAUUAUGAUCACUCUGAAAACGGCAAGUGGGCCAUGGAUGAUAUCCCAGAUCAUCUGAACGCGAUCAACAAGCAGCCCGAUGAGUCAGAAUCCAUCAUGAAUUCCCAGUCUUCCCCCAGUUAUGGCUCCCAGUUUGAAACGGCUUUGCCAUGUACGCCCGUCGAGAAGCUCAUGGCUUGUCAGGAGAAGAACCCAGUGAGUGGCCUCACGGAGUAUUCCCAGUACACGUACCAGCACUGUGAGUUUGCCAUGCUGGAGCAGAGCGGACCCUCUCACGAGCCACGGUUUAAGUUCCAGGCCGUGAUUAACGGGCGCCGAUUCCCACCGGCAGAAGCAGGGAGCAAAAAACUGGCCAAGCAGGAGGCGGCAGCGAACGCUAUGAGAGUCCUGAUGAGCGAAGCUGAGAAUGGGAGGCCUGGUGGGAUUAAAUGUGAGGAGCCACUUCCCUCUGACAGCUCUGAACCCGAACUGCCUUUGCACGUGGAUCCGGAGCCGCCGUCCGCAGCAGCUCCUCUCAGCCUCCUUCCUGGGAAACACCCCAUCAGCGUGUUAAUGGAAUACGGACAAAAGUCAGGGAACACGGUUGAAUUCCAGCUGCUCUCUCAGGAAGGCCCACCUCAUGAUCCUAGGUUCAGCUACUGUGUGAAAAUGGGUGACCAAAUUUUCCCUGCUGUGGUAGGAAACAGCAAGAAGGGAGCAAAGCAAAUGGCAGCAGAAGUUGCUGUGAAGAUUCUUUCUGGAGAGUCUGUACCCCAUGUCUUACCUGAACAGCCUGUCGUGAAGCCCCAUGGUGAGCAGUCCAUGCACAGCUCUGGACCAGGGAUCGCCACUCCAGAUGAAUCCAAGGUGGUGAAAGCGAAGGGUGUUGGGGAACUCAUCAAAUAUCUUAAUGUCAAUCCUGUCAGUGGCCUGCUGGAAUACGCCCGCUCCAAUGGGUUUGCUGCAGAGUUCAAACUCAUUGACCAGUCAGGACCUCCCCAUGACCCCAAGUAA